UAAACAGUGAAACAAGAGAGGAUUAAUCGAGUAAAGAUACCAGAAGGCCGUUUAAAAUAUCAAGCAUGGAGGCUCUAGAGAUGGUGUGGGGACAACCAUCUUUGUUCGGUGCCUUUGGUAACCAGCAGGGGAUCAAUGGGUAUGGACCAAGUAUAUCAGGCACUGGUUUUAUGUUUCGCAAGAGAACGGAACGACUUGACUGGCGGCUACUGGCAUCUGUGGACAUUGACAGAAUAGCAAGAGAAGUGGAUUUAACAGCGCUUCAGGAUAAUAUCUCCAACAUAACGUUUUGUAACAUUGAGCGUGAACUUGACUUCAGCGAUGUCGACUCGAACUUUGUCAAGGUGUAUAAACUGGCACAGUUCACCAUCGAAUACCUGCUGCAUUCGCAGGAUUACCUGCAUAAUUGCAUUGAACCGCUACAGGAGAAAAUUCACAAGCACUCGGAACAACUUGCCGAAGCGACAAAACAGCUGGAAAAGCAAAGUGAAGAAAUGAAGGCACUGAAAAAGGAAAAUAGGAGGAAGAAAAAACUGUUAGCCGAGCAACAGCAGCAGAUGGUAACGAAUCCCAGUAUCGACAUGGCUCACAAAUGCGCGUUUUGUGACAAGGCCUUCAUCGCCGCAAGUUACGUGCAGAGUCACAUCCUACGCCGUCAUUCCAACAUGCUGGGAGUCGGCUCGAACGCGCCGGGAAACAAAACCCUUGAGGCCGACCUAAAAAUGAUGAAGGAGCGGCUAGAAGCGGCCGAGCAGCUGCUAGAGAAGGAGCGGUGCAGCGUGAUAACGCUUGCCGAGAAGGAGGAGGCGGCGCGGCUGCGGUCGGAGGAGACGUCGAAGCACGAAAUGCGCGAGUGGAAGGCGGCGCAGGACGAGAGCCACCACCGCGAGGUCGAGCAGGUCAAGGACAUGCUGCUGCGCGAGAUCAAGGAGAUGCACGAGAAGUACAGCGCGUCGCAGGAGGCGCUCGCCGAGUUUCGCGCGCGCAUGGCCGGCCAGCAGUCGCACCUCGGCGAACUGCGCGACACUGAGGAGGAGUCGCAGCAGAAGCACCAUGCCGAGAUCGCCGCGCUGACGACGCAGCUGCACGCGGAGGUGCGCGCCGUGCAGGCCGACAUGGAGCGCCAGCUCGUCUCGCAGGAGAAGAACUACCGCGCCGCGCUGAAGCAGAUGAGGAGGCAGCACGACGCGGAGAGGGCGAAACUCGGCGACCUGCUAGCCGAGCAGCAGCGCACGCUCAGCGAGGAGCAGGGACAGAGGAGCAGCCACUACGACGAGCAGCGGCGCGAGCUGCUGAGGCAGACGCGCCAGCAGGAGGCGCUCAUUCGGCAGCAGCAGCGGGCGCUCGACGACAUACGCAGCCGACCCGCGCCGCCGCAGCCGCAGCCGCAGCCCGAGGAAUCGGAGGAAUCCUCCGCCGCGAGCGAAGAGGAGGAGGAGGAGGAGGUCGACGACUCGCUGCGCACGAACGAGUACGGCAUGCUGCGCAGCGGCCGCAUGAUCGCCGCGUUGAGGAAGCAGCCGGGCCUGCUGACAGGAGUCCGCGCCGAGAUGCUCGGCAUUCUCAACGCGUCGCUGGAGGACCGGGGCGUGCGAUACGGCGCGGUGGGAAUCGGCGACAGUCUAUGCGCCCAGCGGCUCGCCGAGCUAAAGCUGGAGGGGCAGCGGCUUGCGAGAAAGCACGACGGCUUUUUCGCGGUGAGAGAGCAGUUCGCGCGGCGGAGCGACGCGGCGGCAAAACGCAGGCGGAGAGCGCGGGCCGAUAAGGCACCUGCUCCCGUCGUGCGGAAAUGCGCGAGCCCGAACGCAAGAGCCGUGAGCGGUAGCCCGGGUGAAAGGAGGCCAGCGAACGGUUCUCUGAAGCCUGCUAGACUGACGUCGGGCACACCGAAGAAAAACGCGCUUUCGCUCGUUUCUAACGCGACUGCGCCGACAAACUUCUCCAAUAGAUGGAGCAAGUCGGACAGUGACGACAACGAAGAAGAAGAACAACAACAGCAACAGCAAUCAGAACGGCCACGCGGAAUCGCCGCCGUCGAAGCGAGCGCAGAUUCCCCCAGCGGAUGGGAUGAUUCGGCCAGCGAGUUGGAGGAAGCCACAUCUUCUGGAGUGCAGGACACGAGGUUAGCUAAACACGGCAGGUCGCCGGUGGCCGUCGCGCGAAUGGGAUCAUCCGGUGUCGUCGCCGAGCUGACGAAGUCCAUCGAGAGGCAACUGAAGGGGAAGAGUCCCGGCGGGAAACCCAAGGUGCCGCCGCGGAGCCCCCGCGCGGUGCAACCCGACUCCGAUACGGACUUCUCGCUCUCCUCCGCGGCGGAGGAGGAGGAGGACCCGCGGGGGAAUCCGCGGCCGAAACCGAGGAGCGUGCGCAUGGCGGCGCCGGCGGCGCCGCCGGCCGUGAAACCGCGACGCUCGAGCAGCGCGGAGCCCGAGUCGACGUAUGGCACGAGCGUGUGGGGGUCGUCGCGAGGCUCGGCGGUCACGCUGAACGCGCCGGGCGGCGGCGAGCGGCAGCCGACCAAUCACAGGGUGUCGACGAGCUGGGACAGCGACGGCGGCGACCUCGACAUAGAGGACCUCGGCGUCGCGUGA